AUGAACCCUGACGUCAGCGUAUUACAAAAGCACGCCACCCCUUCGCCGUUCGGCAGGGGAGCAGAGACUGUCUUGGACCCAACUUACAGGAACGGAACAGAGCUCAAAACAGACGAGCUCGCUUUCAGCUUGCAGGGGGAUAAGGGAUCACAAUAUAAACAGUUUGUGAGCAAAGUCGAGGAUGAACUUCAGACCAGCAUGUUCGUCGGAAGAAACGUUUCCCUCAAGUUAUACAAGCUCGCCAUAUACGGCGAAGGAGGCUAUUUCGACUGGCAUCGUGACUCGACGCAUAGCGAUGCUCACCAUGGAACGGUGCUCGUCGCACUCAACACGGAAUGGGAGGGGGGAGAGCUUAUGUUGAGGCAUCAAGGCGUCGAGACAAUUGUCAACAUGCAUCCAACAAAGCAUCUGAGAAAGUCCGUCGAAGAGCUCCGGCCAGUUGUGGUCGCAUUCUACACAGACACAGAGCACAAAGUCAUGCCCGUGACCAAGGGCACACGUCUAGUGCUCCAGUAUGACGUCGAAGUCGUCGAGCAACCGCCU